UUUAUUUGUAGCCAGUGACCACAGAGCCAAAGAACGGACAUCACCAGUGAGUGAGAAAAUAAAAUUUGUGCCAACUUCAACUCCUGACUUUGAUGGGGUAAUCCGUAAUGCCAGCACCAGAACUCUUCAGAAGAUUAAAGAAGAUCCUAUGUACCAGUUGUUCGGUGAUACUGUGACUGUGCGUCUUGCCGUGUUCUGUGCCACCCAGGAAUUCUUGGAUUCCUUUUUCGUGAACCACCUAACAGACAUAUUCAGCCUGAACUUGUGUCACAACCUUUCGAGGGAGGUUUUCUAUACCAAACUUCAUGCCCUUAGAUUAUCAGCCAUCUUACAGCGCGACUGUGUGAAAGAAUUCAUUGAGCGAGGCUGCACCGAGAAGAGCGAGGAUAUCGUGAACUUUCUUCAGACGUACAUUCUAAACCUGCCCUGUGAGAUUGUGAACACUUUGCUUGAACAAAACAAAACUGUGUCUGAGCAACAGUCAAAGGAACUUUCCCAAAAUGACCAGCAAAUUCUGUUUUACAUUUGUGGUUUCAUUGUGAGAAGUCUAAAGAAGAAAAGCUUCAGGAAGAAGAAGGAAGACCGUGAUGAGCGACUGCAGAUGCUGGAGAAGUUAACAUGUGAAAAAAACAACUCCAGUUUCAUUGCUGAGUUUGACAAGUGGCUGACUAAAAGUACUCGUGGUGGCUUAUUGAGACCAACAGAUGCAUUCUACCUGCUUGUGAGGGAACUGGAGAACACCAUCAGGACGAUAGUGGACUUUGACAACUUGCAGUCUAUUUCAUUGAACAGUUGUGAAGUGAAAGAGAAGAUGAUGGAUUCAUUCAUGGUGAAACAUUACAUGACUCAAUUGUAUGGUGAUUUUCCGGAGACCGACUUACUACCACUCUUGGAAGACAUUGUAUGUGUGUUCACCACGGUGAGGGGGUAUGCUGUGACCCGACUUCUUCGCAAGAAGUUGAAUGCAAAAUCAGUGAAACCGAGUGACAGUCUUCGACAGGCGCUGAAAGCAAAGACCAGCAACUGACCACUUUGAAAAUUGUGAAUGCCUUCUGCUGAACUUUUAUCUGACUUGUGUGCUUUUUUUGUCCUGUAGUAAUGUACUUUAUGUUGAUUAAUGAUGAAUAUGCUUUCAACAGAUCUAUUUAUUUGAUACAACCAAUGAUAUUAUUAUUCAAUAAAUUUGUAAAAAAAAAAAAUGUGUCAUUCCUUGUCCAGUGAGAGGGGGGAGUGGGGAUUCAAUUUGUAUUUUUUGAAUAUUAAUGAAUUACAAAUCGUGGAAUAUUACCAGUCCACACUGCUGAGGCAAUAUCUAUGUUAAAGGUACUAAGACACAGAUUUGAAGUUGAUUUUCAUCAAACUUUCAAUAUACAACAAAAAUUCCAUUUUUUUAUGGACUCAGAAGAAAAUAAUAAUUUGUGUAAAUUCAAGGACGUGUCAAUC